AUAGGGUCAAUUGUGUUGAAACAGAAUUGUUGGCAACAUGUAUUCUCUAAUUUUUGGAUUGGCAUCACAUACUGAUUUUCCUUUUCAAUAUUAGGUUACAGUUUUCUUAUGUUUUUCUGUUUGCAUCCAGCCCAUUGCAAAACUGCCUUUCCCCCUCUGUUAUCUCAUUUGAAUGUGUAUAAAAAAAGGGGCUCUGUGGAGAUUAAAUAUCAUUACAAUGCACCUUUAAUCCCCUGGGUGAAUAUUCCUGUUUUUCUGUCUCUUUAAUCUUUUCGUGCUGUUUCCUUGUGCGUUUUCUCUCCUUUUUUCCCCCAGUGUGGGAUCGUUUCCCACAGUACCACGAAGCAGCCACAUCCAAACCUUAUAUCCUGUGUAAAUCUACCCAUGCCUACACCCAGCCGGAUCUGAUCUGCUGACGUGUCGGCUCCUCCAGGGCUCAUGCUCCAGCAGCAGCAGAGUCAAGCCAGUCAACAAAAACUGCCAACAUGGCAGCAAAACACUUUUACCGACAGGGCUUUUUACUACUUUUAUUUAAUUUUAUUUCAACCGCAGCCUUGGAAAAACGGUUCUCCGACUUUAAAAGAUGCGCCGAUGAGGAGUGCAGCAUGCUUCUGUGUCGGGGAAAAGCUAUCAAAGAUUUCUCGGGACCAGACUGUCGGUUCCUGAAGGUCAAAAAAUCAGAAACUAUCUAUGUAUACUACAAACUGUCAGGCAGAAGGACAGACAUGUGGGCCGGAAGUGUUGGAAGUAACUUUGGCUAUUUCCCAAAUGACCUUCUUGCAGUUAACCACCGUUAUACUGACAAAGAAAUUGAAGUUCCAGCACAGGAAACAGAUUUUGUCUGUUUUGACACUGGAUUUGAUAAGUUUGACAAUUACGACAUAGAUUUACUGUUAGGAUCUUCACUGGAGGAGAAUGAUGGUGAAAAUAAAUUAACAUCUGAUCAAAUUCAAGUGUCAGAGGGAGUGCAGAACGAAACACAGCCAUCAGCUGAAGAGGCAACUGACAGUGAAAAACAAACUGAGCAUCAAGAUGACUCUCAGUACCUUGUUAAAGUCCCAGAUGAUCAAAGUGCCUCUUUACCUGAAGUUGACGUAGCAACUGAAUCACCUCCUACAGAAGAUGUAGAUUCUGAUACAAAAACUACACCUGGUGCUACUGAAAUAGCGACAGAACACACAGAAGUUGAGAAAAACACAGUAGUGUCCAUUCUUGAAAAUGUAUCAGAAAGGACUGAAGACACAGGCACAAAAUCUCAAGUCUCUGAUUUUGCUCCAGAUAAUGAACCAGUCACCAUUUCUGAAGGAAUGCAAAUCCCUGAGUUAAAAACAACCCUUGGAACAACUUUUGAUGCCGUCACCACAGAUGACGAAAUCACCAAGAAUGUUACCCCAUAUGAAGACGAGGACAGCGAAUAUGUGGAAAAUCACUCCGAAGAAGACAUGGAUGGUAAAGAAGAAACUCCAUUGCUGUCUUUUUAUGAAGUAAACAUGAACAAUCCAGCAUUAGAUUCCCUCAAAAAGCAUAAAAGUCCUCCAACUACACGUGAUGAUAAACCAGAGGCUGAAGAGGAGAAGAACAUGUGGACAUCAAUUGGAGAUGCUGUUUUUUCAGUUGUCACCGGGGGAGAGAGGACGCCGCAAGAUUCAAGUUCAGAGGAGGAAGACGAUGAAGGGGAUGAAGAAGCUGUUCCAACAACCCCUCAGAGUGUUGAGGAAGAAAAGACAAUCGUAGAAGAAAAACAAAUACCAGUACAAUCAUCUCAAGAGCCUGAGAAGAUAGAGCCAGCCUUGUUCAAUCAUGACGACGAGAGUGAUGGAGAAGUGAUCGGACCUGAGGACGCUAUGGAGGAAACUCUAAAACCAACUGAUGUGCCGAUACACCUUCAAAGAGAAGAAAGUACAAUGUCAGUGGAUCCGGUAUCCCAAGAAGAUACUUCUGCCAUUCAUGAGCCUCAAAACUCUGAUAUUAAAACAAUAGAUGAACCCAUUGAGCAUGAAGAAGUUGAAGAAGAAGAAGAGGAGGAGGAGGAGGAAGAAGAGGAGGAGGAAGUGUCCAAAGAUUCAGAGGUUAAUAAUGAUGAUGACAGUAGCGAUGCAAUGGAGCAAAGUGAGGAUUUGGACAUUGAAUUGGACGAAGACAAAACGGUGACGGAUCUAGACCUAGCUGGUACCGAAACUGAAACACAGCAAGAGCCGUUCACUGAGGAGAUGCAGUCAAAUAAUUCAGAUGUGAAAGAUGAUGAAAAGACAGUAGAUGACAGCCUACCUAAUCCCAUACAUGAUCACUUAAUGACUGAUUCAGAGAGUAAAGACGGUCAACCAGAAUUAUCCGUGAAGGAACCGGAGAUUCACGAGGAACAUCUUUCACAAGAGUCGAAAGAUGAGGAAGAGAAGGACAUACAGGAACAGAAAGAGGAGGAGGAAGAAGAAUUACUUGAAGAUGAAAAUGCACUUUCUUUCCCAGAAUCCGACAACAAAGACUCAGAACCCUCAUCUGAAACCGCUCUGCCCACUGUGACGCCUCCAGAGCCAGAAUACAGCGACAGCGUGAUGAGACUGACUCUGCUUCGAAACCAUUUCACGGAGGAGAAAAUGGAGAAGCUCCAAAAGCAUCUGGGUCUCAGGAAUCUCUUCAAAUUGGAGGCCAUGUUCUCUGACUUGGACAUAGAGUUGCAGGCUACCCGUCUUGCACCGAUAAACACCACGCAAGACAUUGAAAAUGCGCUUGAGGGCAUCCUGGAGGCCUCUGAAAACACCAUCCUUGACGAGAUUGAGAAGAUACUGGAUAGCCGGAGCUCAAAACACAGUUAUGACCAACAUCCAGACCCAAGCGCUUUGGAUGAGGAGACUGAAAUACUGGAUGACUUCCAGGAGCUGGCAUUCAGCCUACGACAGAAGUACUCUACAGCCAGUGACAGCACGCCUUUGGCCGCAGAAAAAGCAUUAGAUAUUGACCAAGAUGAACCCAAACUACAAGUAAAAGAAGACAUGCCCCACAUUGUUGAAGAACACAAGGUUGACAGUGUCCCUGAGGCUGAGAGCGAUGACAACAUCACAGUAACAGAUCAUGAAGAAAGGCCAGCAGAGACUAAAGAAGACCAGAUGGUUUUGGACGAGGUGCACAGCGGACCCGAUGUCAGUGGGGAGGAAGAUGGCGGACACUUUAAUAAAAACAAAGACAAUCAGCCUAGCGUCAGUGGAUCAGAUGAGAUUCAGACGGUCCCUCAAGCCACCCUGGAAAAUCCCUUAGAUGUGGGCCUUGGUGUCGAGGUUGAGCAAUCACCCUCAGGUUCUUUGGACUCCAUGGGACUCGAGUCUGAAAAUCACGAAGAAGAGAUGGGAUCAUUCUCAACUGGGAUGGUUUACAUGGGCUGCAUCCUUUCGAUGAUCAAGAGUAAAAUUGCAGAGUGGACUAUUGAGGUGAUUUCAUUGCUGCCAGAAGAGUGGAAGCCAGGGGAAACCUUGUUUGGUUGUCCAUGGCAAGCUGUUGUCAUCACUGCUUUGGUCGGAGUAGUGACCUUCACCCUCUUCUUCUGGAGGACCGUGUUGGCAGUAAAGAAGAGAGAAUAUCUUGUGGAUGAAAAAAGGAUGGCAGAGCAAAUUGUGUCACUCAAAAAAGAGAAGAAUGACGCAUUAACCAAAAUGUCUGAACUCCAAAAACGGACUGAACAACUGAAAGAAAAUCAAAAACAGUCAAAGGAAACAGUUAGCUGUACCAUUAAAAGGAUGCAAGACCUGGAGAGUAAAGUUUUGGAGGCAGAAACACGGAAUGAACACAUAGCUGAAGAAAAAAGCAACUAUGCGAAACUACUCGAGGAUGAGAGGGCAAACUCUCUGCAAAAAGGCACCAGGAUUGAGAAAUUGGAGAAGUCAAAUGAGAAGUUACAGAUCAACAGGAAAAAGAUUCAGGAGGCUCUCUCUAAGACUGCUGUUCUCCUGGACGAGGCCAAGAUUCGCGAAGAUGCCCGAAAAGUUCAGCACAAAUGUCUUGAGAAAGAUUAUUCAGCACUAAAAGAAGAAAAUAAAACACUUAAGUCUACCAUCAAGAGCUGGGAGGACAAACACAAGGAGCUGAACGAGCAGAUUAAAGUCUAUCAAAAGUCCCAGAAAGAGCUGGAGGACUCGGUGGUGCUCAAAGAUCACAACGUGGAGGUGCUGUCUGAACUUCUGGCAGACCUAGAGGCUUGUGAUUUGCAAAAAAGUGACACCAAAGUUUUAGCCAACGGUGAAGUCGCUCCUGACAAGAAGACAGCCAUAAAGAACAGGAUCAAACAGAUGAUGGAUGUUUCUCGGGUCCAGACCACUCUCACUGUGGUCGAGGAAGAGCGUGAUCGCUUCAUGGCCAAACUACUGAACGAAGAAAAGACUAGAAAGUCACUGGAAGAGCAACACCAGGAGCUGGAUCAUGCAAUUGCAACCCUAAAAAGCGAGAAGAGCCACGUUGAAAACCAGUUCAAGGUCCUCCAGCAGAAAAACGAAAUCAUGGUUGAAAUGUAUCAGCAGAAGGAAAAUGCUCUCCAACAGAGAUUAACGAAGGAAGAGCUGGAGCGACGCAGCAAAGAGAGUCAGCUGUCUGAGGUGGGAGGAAAAGCUGUCGAAGCAGAGGGGCAGGUUAAAGUCUUAAGGCAACGCAUUAAUGAAAUGGAGGAGCAGAUGAAGAAGACGGAGGGAGUCUAUAAAGAUCAGAUAAAAGAACAGGAAAACAAAACUCACUCAAACUGGGUAAAUGCUCGUAAUGCAGAGCGAGCUCUGAAUCAAGAGAAGCUUGAAUCAUCAAAGCUCCGUGAAAAACUGGCUGUUCUUACCUCCCAGCUUAAUGAGCGCCGCGCUCCUCUCUUCAGACCGAACUCUGGACAACCUGCAGGCCCUCGCCAAGGUGAUUCAUAUGGGCCCUCUCCUGUGAGUGGGGGUGCACCAUCCCCUCCAAUAAUGAUAGAGGGUCCCAGGCGCCCUCCUUCUGCCCCAGUGGGGCGAAGAAAUGACCCGUAUGGUCCACGACCUCCAUCAGACCCACAUGGUCGUUACCUUGAAAGCAAACACAUCUCUGGGAUGGACAUGAUGGGCCCCCGAAGCUCGUCACCUGCCAACAUGGACGGAUCUACACAGGCAGUAGAUCCACAGAUAAAAGCAGAGACACAGGCUGAGGCCUCCACUGACAGUCCAGAGCCAGGACCUGGAUCCUUCCUAGCGUCUCCGAUCAGGGACUCUCCAGGCCCUAUGGUCCAAGGACCUCCCCUUGGCCCUGGACCACAUGAACGGCUCCUCCCUCCUGGACCCCACGGCCGCCUGCCGCCUCCUGGACUUUACAGACCUCCAAGACCUGGCCUCUACCACCUUCCACCAGGUCCUCAUGGUCCUCCUAAUGUACCUCCUCAUCAUGGCCCUCCUCUACCAGCCAAUGGACACCCAGGUAUGCCACUGCCUGGACCAAUGGGUGGAGAUUUUGGACCUCGCCCUGCCAACGGACAUGCAUUCCACCCCAGGCCAGCCCCUGCACAUGUCAUUGAUCCUCGGGGUCCACCACCGCCACAAUUCCGUCCCCCUCCACCUCAUCACUACGGGCCGAUGCCUCCGCCACAUGGUGUCCGUGGACCUAUGGGACCACGUCCACCUCUCCAUCCUGACAUGCGCUACCCAGGACCACGAGACCACAACAGCCCGCCAAUGAACCUGCCUCCAGGCGUCCCUCCCCAUCCCGCACACGGUGAUGCAUACGGUCACGCUCCACCCGAUGCCCUCCAUAACUCACACACCGGCCCCAGACAGGACCUGCCUGUGAGGCAGGAGGCCCCUCAGGACUCAGCGCGGCCAGCGAUGGUCAAGCCUUAAAGAUGCCACCAGCUGUGGCAGAGGACUUGAAUUUACCCUGAACCCAUCACAAACACCCCAGAUCCAGUAUAAACAAAGGUCAUGGUUAUUUUCAUAUUUCAGUUGUAAAAUAAAAAUCGCAAGGAUGUUAAUUAAAAAAAAAAAAAAAAAAAAAAAAAAAAAAAGGUCCUUUUAAUCAUCAAGCAUCAAUAAUUAUGUGUCUGAAAUCAAUGCGUAAGGAGGGUUGCCACUUUUUUAAACAGCUUAUUGUGCAAUAAUAAUUAAUUAUAUGCCAGAGGAUUUUCUUUUUUGUUGAUCUUUUAAAAAGUAUUUAGCAAUGAUUUUUAAGGGGCAAUUUUUAAAAUGUCAUUUCCUGUGGAAAUUAUUUUAAAAGAGGAGGGAGUUUAGCUUCUAGCAUUUCAGGAAUUCAAUAAUUUCCCAAAGCUGUUGCUUUAGAGUCGACUGUAAAGCAAAUGUGUAAUUUGAUGGCCAGAUGUAUAACUUAUUUUACUAUGUUGGUAGAACUUUUAAUAAUAAAGAAUGUAAAAGC